AUGCCGGCGACAACGAAAAGGAAGACAACUUCGCUGAAGGUGCUGAUGACCAAGUUGGGAGAGUACCAAAGUUCUUUCAACGACAUUUGGGAAUUCGUGGAAGACGUUCCAGCCGACGCCGUAGCUUUCGAUAUGUCCAUCCGGAUAGAGCGAUUAGACGAACUGAGGGAGAAGAUAGAGAACACUAUUAUCGAAGUGAAGUCACACUCCAGCUACAGCGAAGAGAAAUACCCCAUCGAUAGCAGAAGGAAAGAUUUCAGCGUGCGCUUCUACAAGAUGAAGGCUUUCCUCAUGGAUCAGUUGAAGCAACUACAGGAGCCUACACCUAUAUUAGAUCGGUCAUUUCAUGCAGGAGAAUCAUCAGUAGGGGGUAGUUUAGAUCACGCUCGCUUACCGCAGAUUAGGUUACAGGUUUUCAAUGGAGACAUUAAUGAAUGGCUCAGCUUUCGCGAUCUGUUCACCUCACUAAUUCACUGGAGAACAGAUUUGUCUGAAAUAGAAAAAUUUCAUUAUUUGAAGGGGUGUCUCCAGGGUGAGCCAAAGGGCUUAAUAGAUCCGAUCCAAAUUACUAAGACCAAUUACCAGGUUGCCUGGAACCUGUUAGUUGAGCGGUACAGCAAUAGCAAACAGUUGAAAAAACGGCAGGUGCAGAUUCUUUUUGAUCUACCCGUUCUUGCUAGGGAGUCAGUAGCUGAUUUACACAAACUCGUCGACAGUUUCCAAAGAGCUGUACAAACACUCGAUCAGAUAAUUCAACCAGGAGACUACAAGGACCUUCUUCUGAUCAACCUGCUAAUUUCGCGUCUGGAUCCUACAACAAGACGAGGUUGGGAGGAAUUCUCAUCGAGCAAGGACCAAGAAACACUUAAGGAUCUGACUGGGUUUCUUCAGCGACGAAUCGGAGUACUAGAAGCAAUACCACCACGACAAGUGGACAUCCGGGCGAUGCAAAGGCAUGCAGUUUCAUCAUCAACGCAGAAACCAAAGGCAAUCGCAGUGAAAACUAGCUUUAACACUGUUCAGGAGUCCAGUAAAGGUUGCGUUUGCUGCUCGGCGGACCAUUUUCUCUUUCAGUGUCCAGUAUUUCAAAAAAUGACGUCAUCUGACAAGGAGGCAUUGUUACGUGCUCAUGGCCUCUGCCGUAAUUGCCUUAAACAAGGUCAUCAAGCAAAGGAUUGUCGUUCAAAAUUCUCGUGCCGAAAAUGCAGAGGGCGCCAUCACACGCUAGUUUGCUUUAAACCUGAGAUAGAUGGAAAUGGGGCUGCGAACACUUCUACAAAUACCAGUAACCUUCCUGCCAAGCUACCACAAGGCACGUCAUCAAAUCAUCCUCAGAUGGUCAACAUGGCGAUAUCUGAUACCACAGUAUCCAACUCUGCUCGAUGUUUUUCGUCUCAGGCAUUGCUAGCUACAGCAGUGGUGAUCAUCAAAGAUGAUUACGGAAAUCAGUUUCCGGCGAGAGCCCUUUUAGACUCCGGAUCGGAGUGUAACUUCCUCACCGAACAAAUGAGCCAACGUCUGAAGGUGACUAGGAAUACGGUGUACAUUUCCGUCCUAGGAAUAGGCCAAUCGGCGGCCAAGGUUAACCAGCGUGUCCGAGCUGUGGUGUGCUCAAGAGUUUCAAGCUACUCUCGUGAGUUCAAUUUCUUGGUUCUUCGAAGAGUGACCGCAAAUCUUCCCACUACAUCAAUUGAUCCCAUAGGGUGGAAGAUCCCAGACGGAAUCGAACUGGCUGAUCCAACAUUCUUUAUUUCAAGAACUGUGGACUUGGUGCUAGGCGUUGAAGCAUUUUUUGAUUUCUUCGUGACGGGUCGGCAGUUACCAUUGGGGGAUCAGUUACCAAUCUUGACCGAGUCAGUAUUUGGAUGGGUCGUUUGCGGAGGAACUUCACUUUCAAGUCAAACGCCGAUCACAUGCCAUAUAUCGGCAUCCAAAGAGUUAGAAAAGAUGGUGGCUCGAUUUUGGUCCUGUGAGGAAAUCGAGUCGUCAAGGACAUAUUCUCCAAAACAAACCCGCUGUGAACAACUAUAUGUAAACACCGUUCAACGUGACACAGACGGUCGAUAUACUGUAUCCAUUUUGAAGGAUGGAGACGAAUUCAAGUCUUUAGGUGAAUCUCAUGAUAUCGCAAUUCGACGUCUCCAAGGAACAGAGCGACGACUGGCAAAGGAUGCCAGACUACGAGAGCAGUAUACAGCAUUUAUGGAAGAAUAUUUGGCAUUAGGGCACAUGCAACCUGUAGACGACACUCACGAUGCGGUAAAGCGAUGCUAUUUACCGCACCACCCGGUGAUAAAGGAGGCGAGCACCACCACAAAGCUUCGCGUCGUAUUCGAUGCUUCUAGUAAGACGACUACAGGGGUCUCAUUGAACGAUACUUUGCAUGUUGGGCCCGUUAUACAAGAAGACUUACGGUCUAUAAUUCUGCGCUGCAGAACAAAGCAAGUUAUGCUGGUGUCUGAUAUCGAAAAAAUGUUCAGGCAAAUCAAGGUUUUACCAGAAGACAGGCCAUUGCAGUGCAUACUAUGGCGAAAGCAUCCAACUCAAGAUGUUGUGACGUACGAACUUGGAACAGUGACGUACGGAACCAAAUCAGCGCCGUUUUUGGCCACAAGGACGCUGCAACAGCUGGUGGCGGAUGAGGGACAAUGUUUCCCACAGGCAGCGAAGGCUAUUCUUGAAGACACGUACAUGGAUGACGUGAUUACAGGAGCUGAUACGAUUGAAGAGGCGACAGAUCUACGGAAGCAACUCGUAGAGAUGCUGCAAUGCGGAGGAUUCCGCCUGCGAAAGUGGGCUUCAAACGAAGCGGCAACAUUGCAAGGGUUGACCCAACAAGAACUUGCAUAUCCGGAUACAACAGGGAUAGAAUUAGAUCCAGAUUUCGCAGUUAAGACCUUGGGACUUACGUGGGUUCCAUCAGCAGAUGAAUUUCGGUAUCAGUUCAAACUUUCAGACUUGGACGUUAGUGAAUCAAUUACCAAACGUAAGAUUUUGGCAUCGGUAGCAAGUUUAUAUGAUCCUCCAGGCUUGCUAGGACCUGCGAUCACGAUGGCCAAGAUCUUUCUCCAAGAACUAUGGACAUGGAGGAGCGAAGAUGGGCAUAAACUCGAUUGGGAUGACCCAGUACCAUCAACGGUGGGUGAGCGUUGGCGUAAAUUCUACGAACUGCUACCAAUGCUGAAUCAAAUUCGCAUCAGCCGAUGCGCAGUCAUUCCAAAGUCAGUCUCACUACAACUUCACUGUUUCUCGGAUGCUUCUCAACGUGCUUAUGGGGGAUGCAUCUAUUUACGUAGUCAGGAUGCAGAAGGAACAACAACUAUUGAACUCCUAACAUCAAAAUCUAAAGUGGCGCCGUUGAGGUGCCAGACUAUACCUCGGUUGGAGCUCUGUGGAGCUCUUCUCACGGCACAAUUAUUCGAAAAUGUUCAACAGUCCCUCAAAGAUGAUGUCGCAGCGUAUUUUGGACAGACUCGACUUGCGUAUUGCGUUGGCUUCAAGCACCACCCCUCACUUGCACACCUUUCGUCGCAAAUAGUGUUACUAAAAUUCAGGCAAUCACGGAACAUUUUCAGUGGCGUCACGUAG